CGUGAGAUCAGACCUGGGGAGUUGUUAUGGGGACCAUUGCUUAAGCUGGGGGCUGUAUUAACAGCAUGUAUUAACCCAGGAGUAGAGGAGAAGCACCAAGGCAGCAGGAGACAGGAGACAUAAAAGAUCAUCAUGGCAGAACCAGGAGGUGAACAAUCUUCAAGAACACCUCAUGGCCUCCUGCCAGAGUUGGACUGUUCUGGGAACCUAACGACCCCUGACUCAGAGGUUUCAGCAGUCAUGGACAUGCGCAUAAAAACUGAGCCUGUUGAGCAGGACAUGUCUCAACCUGCAUAUUGUACUGAAAUACAGGGCUUCAGUGCCAAAGAGCUGGGCUCAGGGCUGCACCUGUGUGUUGACCAAAUUAAACAGGAGUCUGUGCUUCUCAACAUAAAGCAAGAGAGUGAUGAUGGAGAGCUGUGCAGCACCACAGAGAUGAUCUGCUUUCCCUCAGAGCAGUUAAACUCUGGUACAUGUCUGUUAGCCAAACAAUGUAGGUCACAGACAGGUGAAGUUAUGGCAGAGCAGACAUCUUUGUUACAGGAGCCCUCUGUUUCAAACACAGAAAUGCACGGAGCUGCAUUUUAUCCCAUAAAAGAGAAGCAUGAGGUCAUAGAGGGGUAUCAGUUAAGCUUCUCUCCGUUAACUGAACAACAUAAACAAGAGACAGAUGCAGUGAAAUCAGAGCAGAAUUCUUUACCAAAUGACCUUUCACAGAAGAGUUUGGUUGAGCCAAAUAGCAGUUCAGCUGCUGAAGGUGCUUUGGAACAAUCUAUGAGACCUGGCACCAGUGUCAUAAAUCACAAGACCAGUAAACAGCCAUUUCAUGAUAGUGUCAUUGCUGAAGCCCAGAAUUGUAAGAUAAAAUUUCAAUGUAUUCGGUAUGGAAAGAGUUUUUCUCAAGUAAGUACCCUAAAAAAGCACCAGGUUGUUCAUUCUCGUGAAAAACUGUUUGGAUGUGAUAAAUGUCCAAAGAGUUUCUCCCAUGCACAACACUUAAAAAAGCACCAGGUUGUUCAUUCUGGUGAAAAACCAUACAUAUGUCAUCUUUGUGGAAAAAGAUUUAGCAACAGAAGUAUCUUGAAAAAGCACCACCAUGUUCAUUCUGGCGAAAAACCAUAUGAAUGUAGUCAUUGUGGAAAGAGCUUUUCUGACAGUGCCAACUUAAGAAACCAUCAGGUUUUUCAUUUUGGUGAGAAAUCAUACAAAUGUAGUCAAUGUGAAAAGAGUUUUUUCUAUCAAAGUGCCUUAAAAAAGCACCAGGUUGUUCAUUCUAGUGAAAAACCUUUUGGAUGUGAUAAAUGUCCAAAGUAUUUCUCUCAUGCAGAAUACUUAAAACAGCACCAGGUUGUUCAUUCUCCUGAAAAACAGUUUGUAUGUAGUGAAUGUUCAAAGAGUUUCUCCCGUGCUGGUGCCUUAAAAAAGCACCAGAUUGUUCAUUCCCAUGAAAAACCGUUUGGAUGUGAAAAAUGUCCAAAGAGUUUCUCUCGUGCAAGUCACCUAAAGCAACACCUGGUUGUUCAUUCUCAUGAAAAACCGUUCGGAUGUGAUAAAUGUCCAAAGAGUUUCUCCCGUGCGGAACACUUAAAAAAGCACCAGGUUGUUCAUUCCCAUGAAGAACCAUUUGGAUGUGGUAAACGUCCAAAAAGUUUCUCCAGUGCAGGUGACUUAAAGAAGGACCAGGAGUGGCCCCAGCCACUUGACGCCGACGGGCAGGUGGCCGCCCCCUUUGUCGCCAAGCUAGAUGACACCUAUGAAAGUCCGCUCUGA